AUGUCUUCUACAAUUACCACGACAGCCUCCAAGGCUUCACUCUCUACGAGUCAACCCAAAAGUAGACUCCAUCAAAUUCCACAAUUCCAUACCCUCGAAGCUACAAGACGAUGGCAAUUGGAGCAAAUGGCAGGCGCCUUUCGCAUAUUUGCGAGAUUGGGCUUCGCUGAUGGAGGGAGUGGCCAUAUCAGCCUUAGAGACCCGGUCAAGCCAGACACAUUUUGGCUCAAUCCUUACGGAGUCCAUUUUGGCCUCUUGAAGGUGUCCGACAUGGUUCAUGUCAACGAAGACGGAGAGCGUAUUGGCGGGGCAGACAGACCCGUGAAUACUGCCGGCUUCAUUAUCCAUGCAGCCAUCCAUAAACGACGACCUGAUAUCAAUGCUGCAUGCCACUUCCAUAGUCCCCAUGGCCGCGCAUGGUCCACGUUUGGGAAGCCGAUAGAUAUGUUGAAUCAGGAUAGUUGCAUGUUCUACAAUGACCUUGCGGUAUAUGCCAACUUUGGCGGUGUCGUCUUUGCUAAAGAGGAGGGCAUGCGGCUUGCUGACACUUUGGGUCCGACGAAAAAAAACCUCAUACUACAGAAUCAUGGUAUUUUGACAUCAGGCGGUACUGUUGCUGAAGCAGCUGCCUUUUUCAUCGCCCUGGAAAGAGCUUGUCAGACACAACUGCUAGUUGAAUCGUCUUUGGCCGGUUCGGGAUUGCAAAAGACAUUUGUAGGUGAAGAAGAGGCUCAGUACACAAAGGAUGGGACUGGAAGCCCCGAGGUUAUGUAUAUGCAAUUUGUGCCCGAGUAUCAAUACAUUCUGGCGAAGACUGGGGGCGACUUUCUGAAAUAG